AUGAAGGAUUCUAAACCUUUACCCACGCCACCUGACCCUAAUGAUGCGAAUAAAUCUCUGGAGAGAUCACCUCAGAGAGCAUCUACAGACGGAAACGAGGAAGAGUUCGAAUUCUUUCAUGAGUUUACAAGAGAAAAAGUAAAGGAUUUGAUCCACAACAUUACGCUCGAGAUCAAGGCCAGAGGCAGAGAUAUCGAGUACUUAUUGCUGCCUUUCAGGCCGCAACAGUCAAAUGAAAAGCUUUUGAAGUUUCUGAAUCAAAUAUUCCCACUGGGGAACGGAACCGCGAUACCUGCUGAAAAACAGAAAAGGUUAAUUCAACGCACUGAACCUUGGACCCUCUACCAAGCGUUGAAGUAUAUCUGGUGCCGACUGCCGAGCGAAGAGGUCAUUGGAUGGAAUGCAUUUGAUACAUUCUCGGCGCUUGAAAACGAAAACGGGUAUCCUCCUCGAGCGUUUCUGGAUUUCAUGCCAAAAUGUCUUUCCUCCCCCGAGCACGCCUCUAUUGUGUACGACUUCUUCGACCUUAUUGUGGCAAUUGCGUCCAAUUCGAAAAACAACAAAAUGAGCGCCCGCAAGAUCUCAAAGAUGUUUGCAAUCUGGGGGUUUGGUCGAAAAGUGGCGGGAUCAGGUUACUACGGCUUUGAUCACCAAUCUGAACCGUCCAAAAUCAGUAAUUCGUUUCGCGAUGGCUUAGAUCAAUGGAUCCCGGCAUCUGACGCUAUGUUUCAUCUUUUACUUGCGUUCAUCAGAAGCUUUGUCCCAGAUGAUUUGGAGACGGCGGACAUCCCACUGACACUGAAAAAUGUUUUAUUCAAUAACGAGUACCCGCCUAAAGGUUCAACCGCUUACUCUUCAGACACAAUCCUUACGGUGCCCAUUGUCAGUCUUAUGACGCACGAGUUUUCCAGAAAACCAUGGCAGUUGAUUGAAAGGUGCAACGAGCUUCUUGAUUUCACUAAUUACGAUGCUUUUGAAGCACGCGAGGACUACGCCUUACUAAAGUCUCUGUUCAAAAAAAACCGCAAUAUCGAGGUUAUUAGCCAUAAGAUGUCACAAGAAUCGAAGAGACUCAUGAAAGAGAUGUCAACCAAACAUUCAACUUUCCAAGCUGGUUGGGCGAAAAGAAGGUGCGUGAAAUCCAUGUCCGAAAAGCGGACGAGUUUUGUCGAAGUCAAGCGCGUCGAAAUUGAUGAUUACUUCAUUUGGGCUUGGCUCUCCACCCUUUCAUACGAACAAACUUCGGAGAAGCGUAAAACUUUUGGAAGAUCUUUGAUAUUAGAAUUCGAAUUUGAUGGUUUUAAAAAAUGGGUCAUUCUUGAGGAAUGUGACUUGAUCUUGAAUGCUCAGAAAUGCAAAAAAAUGGAUGAUUUGAAGUUUGUGGAGGAAUCAAAAACAUCUUACGACGUGGAAACUCAUUCUCAAGAAGUCUCGCGGGACGUAGCUUCCAACUUUCAAUCGCGACCUUACGUUAGUCAAUCCGGCCCAGAAGUCAAACAUGAGGCUCCAGCUGGCUACCACACAGUCAUAAACCCACAGCAUUUUAAUAAAGAGAAAACCAAACCCAAUGUUAAUUUGCAAAUAAUUGAACAAAAAUUCUCCAAAUGGAAUCCACUGCAUUCGAGGAAGAAAAAUGGCAAUCGGAGUUCUUCAGGAAGUACUUCUCAAUCAUCGAAAGGAUCUAAAGACACUACUGAUUCAUCUAAGACCGAUGAGACGAGAACCAAAAAUACCUCAGAGAAACAGGCGACAAAGAAAAAUAGCAGUCGCAUACUCAGUCAGUACAGCAUUCUCAAUCCUGAUAACUUCAAGCUGCCACCUGUUGAGUCCGAAGAGUUUACCAUCAGCUUGCCCCAACUGAGCCCAGUCAAGUCGUAUAGCUCCGAAAGCGGACCCAAUGAUUAUCCCCAGAGGGCAGAAAAGCGUUCAAGUGACACUAUUGAGGACAUUAACAGAAUGGUCAACGAACUUGCCCAAGAAGCGUCGAAUAAAGAAAAAGAAUUGCCAAUUCCACCAGUGAACGAGGCGGAAGAGGAUGAAAGCGAAACUUUUGAAUCCUUGACCAUGUUUGACAAAUACAAACAGCGUCCUGAUUUCGACGAGGCCCCAGGAAAUUUGAACGAAAGUGCUGCCUCAAGUGUUGUUCAGCCUUUGAAGUUGAGCAACAAUGGAACCACAGAAUCUGUUCGCACCACUUCUCCUCUACCCUCUCCCGCUCCUACGACGGGUAUGGCGCUCUACCCAUAUUCUAGUAGUCACUCGCACGAAAACCGAGAGCCUUUGAGUGCAGCUGAGUCUACGAAUAGGCCUGCUCCCCGUGUUGAGCACAGUCAACAAUCUGUAGCACCAAUGACUGCGGAGGCCGAACAUAGGCCCACCGGAAAUCAUCAACAAACUGCGGCUCCAGUGACUUUAAACGAACAAAAGUACCGCCGAGAUCACCCACAACUUGUACAAAAUACCAGAAUUGAUGGACGUGCUCAAUUAGGAUGGAACGCUGGUAAUGGAAACGCAACAAAACAGGAUAUUCACAGUCAAGCAGUGGAAGUACCGCGAGUUUAUACUGCUCCUCAGGUGAUGCCACCGAGGGCUCGGUUCGAAGCUCGAAAUGUCGUACACUCACCGCCACAAACCUCGCAAUUCUCACGGGGUAUGGAAGAAAAUCCACCCCAAAGUAUGCAGGUUGAAUCGCAUAGGGAAGCUGCGAUGGGCCAAGUGCCUCACGACCGCAAUUCUGCUCAAGGGAGUGCAUUCAAACACCCGCCGAAUUUAGCAUACGCUCAAUCUGGCUCUCCCGCCAGCUCGCGACAGCCUCAAUUUGCCGCUCGCCCCCAAUUCUACAACUCCACAACACUCACUCCUCCUGGGGCUUCUCAAUUUUUGGCAAAUCCAUCUGGUCCUCUAGCCAAUGGCCCGCCCAACGCGUAUGCCAAUCCAAAUGGCCUAUCGUCUCCACCCACGAACCAGCUUUCAUAUUCGCCUAUCUUAACGGAAUCACACGCACCUCAUCAAAAUCUUACACCACCUGGUUUUGUCUCCCCCAGCUAUCGGCAACCGAUCCAUGGCAACUACCCAGCCCCACCUCCACCACAUGGCCAUUUCACAUCGCCCGCCGCCCCGCAACAUGGCCAUUUUGCCUCGCCUGCAGCUCCAAACAAUGGCUUCGUUUCACCGGAAAUACACAGUCCUCACAAUGGGAGAGAGACCAACUACCAGCAUAUAGCGAAACCUUACCAAACGCCUUCUACAGCAUUCUACAGCGCUCCUAAUCCGCCUGUUGGUAGCAAAUUGCACGGUGGAAACUUUACCAAAAACCAGGAGAGAAAGCGCCUUCACAACAACAUAAGAAAUGGCAAUUUUGGUAUUUGA